AUGCAGAACAACGAUCGACCGGAAAGAAGACGACGAGACGACGGACACGGAGACGAUGAGCAGCGUUUUUUAGCCGGCCACCAUCGGACGUCGUCUUCGUCGUCGUCAGGGCCAACGCCGCCGAUGUAUGGAUCAGCCGCUGCCGUGGUGGCUGCGAGUUUCUGUGACUCGGCCGCAGCGGCGGCGGCUGCGUCUGCGGCUUCGGCUGCGGCUGCGGCAGCGGCAGUGGCGACGAGGCCCGGCGCCGGUGGGGGCCCAGGGAGAAGUUUCUGUGCAGUCGUCGCAGACGGCAGCGACAUGCCUCUACCGCCGUGCGGCAGGACAGCGACACCCCAGGCACCGGUCGACCCUCAAAGACGUGGCGCGAUUUUUCCGUGGAUGAAGGAGUCACGCCAACAACAACCUGCCAGCAGACUGAGGAAAGGGUCGUCGUCUUCGCAGGCGGACUACACGGCGGACGACCAUCCGCAGACUAUGGGCGAAACCAAGAACGGUAAGUGA